UCUGUGUACUUUGUCCACCUCUGCUGUACUUUGACUCUUAGUCGAACCUGAGGCUGUUUGCAGUGGCAGACCUCCACCGCAUGGUGGCAGUAUCACACACACACACACACGGCGCGUCCACUUCCCAGCGCUUUCAUCAACAUCCACCAGCCGCCUCUGCUGUGGCAAAACAAAACACGUUUCAUAUGAAAGCGGUGUGAGUUUUAGCUGAAAGCCCGAAAAAAUCAGGUACACUGGAACGUUAUACGCCCGAGAGACUGCAGCUUGUAUGGUUUGCGUGUUCUUAAGCGAACAGAAUUACAGAGAGUGCUGAUAAACUAGUUACUGCGGCGGAGCUUAACGCUACUACCGAUAGCUUAGAGGCUAACAGCCCGACAAGUAAACAUGACACCGACGCUUAUUUAAGCCAGCGACGUUAACGGGGUUCGUAGAAAAGCAGUGAUUGGUGUUUCUCCGGUUCGCUGAUGUCGUGGGAGGUUAUAACUACACGGACAGUGCGGCAGAGAAGCCAGUAAUUCAGCAUACUGCCGGUCAAGCUGCGUGUGGCGGAGCUAUACGGUCUCCUAGCCCGGUCUCCCAGCCCUGUCCCCCGCCCGCUCCCCGCUGUCAGAGCAUCGCGUUUGUUGCUUACAGGUUUCCAGACGUUUCGGCCGAAGCGAGGAGCCGUUGGCCUCGCCCAGCAGAUGCCAUGGAGUCCGGUGAGGAUGGGGGCCUCAGUGUGGGAGGCUCGUCCGGAGAGGAGAACUACUUUCAGGGCUACACGUUCACCGACCGCUCCCACUCGAGCCGCGUGGUGAAGAGCAUCAUGGACCUGUGCCUGGAGGACGGCCUGUUCGCGGACGUCACCAUCACGGUGGAGGGCAAGGAGUUCCAGCUGCACCGCCUAGUGCUGUCGGCCCAGAGCAGCUUCUUCAGGUCCAUGUUCACGUCCAACCUCCGGGAGGCCCACGAUCGACACAUCCAGCUGAAGGACGUGAGCGCGCCCGUCUUCCAGCUGCUGGUGGACUACAUCUACCACGGCACCAUCAAGCUGCAGGUGGAGGACCUGCAGGACACCUACGAGAUGGCGGACAUGUACCAGCUGACGGCCCUCUUCGAAGAGUGCUCUCGCUUCCUCUCACGAACCGUGGAGGUCAAAAACUGCCUGCAGGUGAUGUGGCUGGCGGACAGACACAGCGAUCAGGAGCUGUAUACCGCAGCGAAGCACUGUGCUAAGAUUCACCUGGUGCAGCUGCACCAGACAGAGGAGUUCCUCAACUUGCCUUUACGUCUCCUCAUGGACAUCAUCAAAGAUGGUGUCCCAAGCUCUCAAAAUCCAAAUGCAGCCAUAGAGACUUGGAUAAACCACAACAAAGUGGAGCGAGAGGAGUUCUCAGACAUGUUGUCGGAUAACCUCAAGGAGAUUGGUGAGAACGUGCACAUCUACCUGAUUGGCAAGGAGGACACGCGCACGCACUCACUGGCCGUGUCGCUGCACUGCGACGAGGACGACGCCAUUAGCGUGAGCGGCCAGAACAGCCUGUGCCACCAGAUCACGGCUGCCUGCAAACAUGGUGGUGACCUGUAUGUGGUUGGCGGCUCCAUCCCGCGCCGCAUGUGGAAAUGCAACAUGCACACCAUGGACUGGGAGCGGUGCGCUCCUCUACCUCGUGACCGCCUCCACCACACACUUGUCUCUGUGGCCAGUGAAGAUGCCAUCUACUCAUUAGGGGGCAAGACUCUGAAGGACACACUGUCCAAUGCUGUUAUCUACUACACGGUGCGGGAUAACAUGUGGACUGAGACCAGCCAGCUGGACACGGCUGUGUCGGGUGCCGCUGGGGUCAACCUAGGUGGGAUUAUCUAUCUGCUGGGUGGGGAAGAGAAUGACAUGGACUUCUUCACCAAACCGUCUCGCCUCAUUCAGUGUUUUGACACAUCCACACAGAAGUGCCAGACCAAGCCAUAUAUGCUGCCCUUUGCUGGCUGCAUGCAUGCCACUGCACAUAAAGACCUGAUCUUUGUGGUGGCUGAGGGUGACUCUCUGGUGUGCUACAACCCGUUGCUGGACAGCUUCACCCGCCUGCGCUUCCCAGAGGUGUGGAGCUGUGUGCCUUCGCUGUGGAAGGUGGCUAGCUGCAAUGGCUGCAUUUACGUGUUUAGGGACAAGUGUAAGAAAGGAGACGCCAACACGUUAAAGCUGAACCCCGCCACUUCUGUGGUGUCUGUGAUCAAGGGAAUCAAAAUCCUCUUAACGAACUGGCAGUUUGUCUUGGCCUGAUGCAUAAAUGCUAAAUGUUUACAACGACCUGUA